AUGUCCGACCGGCGUCGCGAAGUUGGCGGCGUCGAGGACGGACAAGGGAAGAUUAUUCCAUCUAUCGCACACACACCGACAGACAUGCCGCCACGACUCAAUCUCCUCUCACGGGCAUCGCUAUGCCGGCCCACAGCACCUCACUCGAGCGUAGCGUCGCUGCUGCAACCCUUCCUGCGCAGCGCACAACAACCCCAGCAACAAAGAAACGCCUCGAUUCUCUCGUCGCUCUCGGACAACACGGGCGCCUACAACAAGAAGAUCAGGAGAGGAAGAGGUCCCUCCUCGGGCAAGGGCAAGACAUCAGGACGUGGUCACAAGGGUCAGAAGGCCCACGGAAAGGUCCCGCGCAACUUCAAUGGUGGUCAAACGCCUGAAGAGGUUGUCCACGGUGUCAGAGGCUUCGAGAACCAGUAA